AUGAACGAUGCGGCGACCUCUUUGCUCACUGAGCAUUUCAGCUACACCCCCUUGUCUCUCAUAGACGAUAUUAUCAACUCAAUCAACAAUCUGAUUUACCAGGCGAUCUCCAGUCUCGAAUCGGGUCUCAUUGACACUCCUCCAGAGCGGCUGGGGUUUGCCCACGACCGUAACGGGACGGUCAUUCAUGAGACCGACGAGGAUGGAAACAUCCUCUACCCGGAAGCCAAACUUGAGAUCGAGAAUGGGUUGCACCAGUUGGAGACGCUUCUUGAAGCCAAUGUCGACAAGGCAUUUGAUAAGCUUGAGAUCUACGUGCUGAGAAACAUCUUCACCGUCCCCGAGGACCUGCUCUCGUGGGUGAAGCUCAAACAUUACGAGGUAUGCGACAAUGAGUUGGGAACGGUGAAUUCCCUCGGAAACCUGCGCAAGAAACUCCUCGAAACGAAGAAACUCAACCGGGCCUUGCAAGACGAAUGUGCGCGAAAUGACGCUGUCAUCUCCCAGCUGAAAUCAAUAGUUUCCACUGUCGAUGGCUCCAAGACCGAUAGCGGCGAAACAGCCAAGGAAUCCAACCAGCUCGAUCUAUCUUUCCUGACAGCCAGCCCGGCAGCACGCCAGCUCCGCGUGGGCGUUGAUGCUGGAUCGAAGGCGAAGUAUGCCCCGCUUACAACCAACACCGCUUUCAUUUUGUCCCAACUCCCUGCGUUGCAGUCGACACUCACCCAGCUUCGACCGAAGCUGGCUGCCUUGCCAGGUUCUCUCAAGCCAAUGGAGACCAGGACAAUGCACGACGAACGAAAGGAAUACAUUGAAAGCCGAAUCAGACUGCACCUUGAACGAGCUGGGCAGCUGGCUAUCAGUGAUGAUGGAGGACCUGUUGUCGCAGGUCGCCGAAUUGAUAUCUCCGAAGCCCAUGCCCUCGAAAAUGUCGCGAGCAUGCUGGCACGGGACAACAAAUCUGCAUAG